UCUGCGCGCGCCGCCUUCAUGAGGCAACAUUGUCUCGGUAAAAAAGCACUUAUCCAGCGUGGCACUAUUUUUUUUCUGUACGCACAAACUAACCAAAAACCUCCGUUUUCAGCAGAGAAGAGUUUGAUCUUUUUGGACUAAGCAACCCCAGAAGGAACUCUUAUGUGACCUACCCGAGGAUUUGCGGGGUAACUUCAGUAAAAAAGUGACAUUUUGGUUGAUUUCUCGACGCGAGCGGGUCCAGCUUGACGCUGAUAAGAGAGGCUCGACUCCAGCCCAACCGUCCUGACAUGGACACAGCGAUCAUACCUGAAAAGAAAAGGGUGAGUUCGGAGCGCAGGAAGGAGAAAUCAAGGGACGCGGCGCGAUGCCGUCGCGGGAAGGAGUCGGAGGUUUUCUACGAGUUGUCCAAGCAGCUGCCCAUCCCCCACAGCACCAGCUCCAACCUGGACAAGGCCUCCGUCAUGAGGCUGACCAUCAGCUACCUGCGCAUGCGGAAGCUGCUCUGCAUCGAUGAGCCAGUGGCAGAGGAGACAACAGAACUGGACAUCCAGCUAAACGGCUCCUACCUGAAGGCUUUAGACGGCUUCCUGGUGAUUCUGUCUGAAGACGGAGACAUGAUCUACAUCUCAGAAAACGUCAACAAGUGCCUCGGCCUGGCACAGCUCGACCUGAUUGGACACAGCGUGUUUGACUUCACGCAUCCCUGCGACCAGGAGGAGCUGAGAGAGAUGCUGGUCUACAGAAGUGGCUCCAAGAAAGUCAAGGAACCGAGUUCAGAGCGCAGCUUCUUUCUGCGGAUGAAAUGCACGCUGACGAGCCGGGGGCGCACCGUCAACGUAAAGUCCGCCACGUGGAAGGUGCUGCAUUGUUCGGGUCACGUGCGCGUUCACAGCAGCGAGCAGAGCGCCGACGGCCACAAGGAGCCGCCGGUGCCAUACCUGGUUCUGAUCUGCGACCCGAUCCCUCACCCGUCCAACAUCGAGGUUCCUCUGGACACCAAGACUUUCCUCAGCCGCCACACGAUGGACAUGAAGUUCACAUACUGCGACGAGAGGAUCACUGAGCUGAUGGGUUACGAUCCAGAGGACCUGCUGAACCGUUCUGUGUAUGAGUACUACCACGCUCUGGACUCGGACUAUCUCACCAAGACUCACCAUCACUUGUUUGCUAAGGGCCAGGUCACCACAGGUCAGUACCGGAUGCUGGCGAAAAGAGGCGGCUUUGUGUGGGUGGAAACUCAGGCCACUGUCAUCUACAACAACAAGAACUCGCAGCCCCAGUGCGUCGUCUGCGUCAACUUUGUGCUCAGCGGGAUCCAGGAGGAGAAACUGAUCCUGUCUCUGGAGCAGACACAGGAGAUGAAGCCGGUGAAGAAAGAGGAGGACCAGGAGGAGCAGCAGCAGCAGCAGCAGGAUGAAGUCCAGGCUGAAGUGAAGAAGAGCGAGGCCGUCCAAGCGGACGAUGAGGAAGAGGAGGAGGAGACCCCUGAGCAGAAGCUGCACCUAAACUUCCAGGAUCUGGUGAUUAAGCAGCAGGAGCAGGAUUGUCUGUACAACCUGCUGAAGGGGCAUCCAGACGCCCUGAUGCUGCUGGCGCCGGCAGCCGGGGACACUAUCAUCUCCCUGGACUUCAGCCGCCCCGGCACAGAGUCAGAGACUCACCUGCUGAAGGACGUCCCUCUCUACAAUGACGUGAUGCUGCCCUCUUCAGGUGACAAGCUGCCGCUGCCUCUGUCUCCUCUGGCGCCCACCGAGCCGCUGGAGCCCGCCAGCAGCUCCGCUGAGGAGGCAAAACCUGACAGCUUUGCUCCAGCGCUGUCCUCUAAACCCCCCAACAAACCCUCAGAAGUUGACAAUCAUCUGGGCUUCUCUUUCCCCAUGGACACAGAGAUGAACUCAGAAUUUAAACUGGACCUGGUGGAGAAGCUGUUUGCCAUUGACCCAGAGCCCAAGACUCCCUUCAACACGGAGGCGAUGGAGGACUCUGAGCUGGAGAUGUUCGCUCCGUACAUCUCCAUGGACGACGACUUCCAGCUGCCCUGCCUCGGCCCUGACGAGCCUCUGUCUUGUGGACCAGUCAAAGCCCUGGAGAGCUGCCCGGUCCUCGUCACGCCGGACCUCCACAGCCAUCCCAGCUCUCCGUUCAGUGCGCCAGAGAGUCGCACGGCUUCUCCGGCUCCACCAGAACCCGUCAGCACGCCCCCUCCUGCCAUUGUGGCGGCAAACAGGGUGGCACAGCCGGAGAAAGAGGUUCCUCUCAGAAAUCUGGCUGCUCAGAACAUCCAGCGGAAAAGAAAGCUGAGCGAACUGAAGGAGAUCAUCGAACAGGGAUCUUUGACCCAAGAGCUGCCUGAGAAGGGCAAAAAGCUGAAGGCGGCAGAGCCGGGAGCAACCAGGACCAUUGUUCUUCUGCCUUCAGAUCUGGCCAGCCGGCUGCUGGGCACCACCUCGGACGGCGGCGGCUCCCUCUUCUCGCUGCCGCAGCUCACCAGCUACGACUGCGAGGUGAACGCCCCCUUGCAGGGCCGCCAGUACCUGCUGCAGGGGGAGGAGCUUCUACGCGCUCUGGACCACGUCAUCUGAGUCAGGACUUCACUUCUGGACUAGACUGGACACUACAAUUAUGCCCUCACAUUGUGACUCUUCUUUUUGCCCUUUGACCCCCACUGCCAUUUAUUUAUGUAUCUGUUGGAGUUUGACGUUAGUCCGGCUGCUGUUUGUGCACCUUAUGUGAUAUUUGCAGCAUUCCACGGCGACAGCAGCAUCUUGGUUUCAGUUUGAGGGAUUGUCAGAUGUCAACUCGCUCUCAUUUCUUCCUCCUCUCCUCUUCCUCCUCCUCCGGGGAGUCUCUCCACACAUGGCGCCUUCACCGAUGACCCCUCUCCAGCGGGUCACCACAGAGCCUGGCGUUACUGCCAGCAGUGUAUUGUAAGCUUCAGUCGCACAACUUAUAUUUUCUUAAAGAAAAAAAUAUUACCAGCAAUAUAUAUUAAGCCUUUUUAAAGUAGAUGUAGAUCUAAUGGAAAUGUUUUCUUUUUUCUUCCCAUACUUGUAUGUUGUAGUACCAAACUGACGUCUUUAGUCCUAAAGUCUGCACUGCAAAAACACAAAAUCAAAGUAUUUUUCUUCUCAUUUUUAGUGCAAACAUCUUAGUAUUGUCUUAUUACAAGUGUACUAACGUGCGAGUAAAUGUUCAGCAAGAUAUAGGAAAUUGUUUUAAUUUAAUCCCUUAAUAUUGAUAAAAAUUACUAGUUUCAUUGGCAGAUUAUUUCACUUAUUAAUAAUCUGCCAUAAUAUUAUGUAGUAGGCUUAAAACAAGCUUUUUCAUCUUGCUGAAAAGUUACUUGUAAGUUAGUUUUCUUAAUUUAAGCAUACUAAGAUAUUUGUAAAAAAUACUUAUGGUUUUUGCAGUGUGAUUGUAUCUUUCUGAACCUUAACUGGUUUGAAUGUUCUCUCCAUUUUAAUAGCUGUCUGUGAGCUAAUUACAUUUAACUGUGUAGCAGUCCAGUACAUGUCACUUUAUUACUUUACUGUAAGUGUGUGUGUGUGUGUUGCUGUACAUAUGACAGGGAAACUUCAAUUUUACUCACUUUUUUCAGGAGACUCAUGCAGGAUUGGAAUUAUUUUUCUCUUCUGCAUGAACAGACUUCAUGUUUUAUUGCUGAGUCUGAGGAACUCAAAGCAGUUCGAAUAGGAGCGAUUUUUCCUAUUUCCUUUCCUUGUGUAAUCGUUGUCAUAGCAACAGUUGUGACCAGACAGGCUUAUUUGCUCUGUUAAAUGGUAGUUUAAAUACCAUUCUUCCUUGCCAUAGUGUUGAGUCUCUCAUGCUUCGUUUUUGCUGUUUAACAAUAAAUGGCAUUAAUAAAAAA